UACCGUUCUGUACGUUGUCCGUCGGCUAGAACUUUGGCAUCUUUAUGCGAUUUGCCAAGUUUACGUAAAUGGAGAAGGAGAGGAAAUCAUCGACUGUAGCAGUGUCGGAUGUUGGAGCAUGGGCUAUGAACAUUAUAAGCUCUGUAGGCAUUAUCAUGGCCAACAAGCAGCUUCUUUCCUCUUCUGGUUUUGCUUUCACCUUCGCAACAACUUUAACUGGCUUCCACUUUUCUGUGACUGCAUUGGUUGGUUGGUUGUCUACUGCUGCCGGUUAUUCUGCUGCAUCAAAGCACAUCCCGAUGUGGGAGCUUCUUUGGUUUUCAAUUGUUGCCAACACUUCAAUCGCUGGAAUGAACUUCAGCCUCAUGCUGAACUCUGUUGGAUUUUACCAGAUUUCAAAAUUAAGUAUGAUUCCUGUUGUUUGUGUGAUGGAAUGGAUUAUUCAUGGCAAACGUUAUUCAAAGGAAGUCAAGAUGGCUGUUGCAGUUGUUGUUGUUGGGGUGGGCAUCUGUACAGUAACAGAUGUGAAAGUUAAUGCCAAAGGUUUUCUCUGUUCCUGUGUUGGAGUUAUAUGUUCAUCCUUGCAACAAAUUUCGAUUGGUUCCUUACAGAAGAAGUACUCAGUAGGCUCUUUUGAAUUGCUAAGCAAGACAGCUCCAUUACAAGCUCUCUCCCUUCUUGUUGUUGGUCCAGUAAUCGAUUAUUACCUUACAGGAAAACUUCUAUCAAACUACAAGCUGUCUUCUGGUGCAAUUUUUUUCAUACUACUCUCUUGCUCUCUGGCUGUAUUCUGCAAUAUGAGUCAGUAUCUCUGUAUUGGACGCUUCUCUGCUGUCUCCUUCAAUGUUUUAGGUCACAUGAAAACAGUAUGUGUCCUGACAUUGGGGUGGAUACUCUUUGAUUCAGAGUUGACACCGAAAAACAUCCUCGGCAUGCUGCUUGCCAUUAUCGGCAUGGUUGUGUAUAGUUGGGCAGUGGAGGUUGAGAAGCAAGCUGGUACCAAGAUCAUUGCCAUGAAACACAGUAUAUCAGAAGAGGAUUCACACCUUUUGAAGGGGGAAAAUGGAGAGGGUCUAGAGAAGGAUGUAGAACUUGGCAAGUCUUUAGAAUAGGCCAACCUUUUCAUAAAGCCAAAAAGUACAAUUUCUUUAGACAUAUAUGAUCAAGAACAUGUGUGAGCAUGAUCUGCAAACUUGUCCAUUGAAGAUGUUAGUCAUCUGUUCUCUGUUUUUUCC